AGCAGACUCGGAGACUGGCUCCGCGCACGGUGAUUUCACUUACCGAGGGUUCCACGCAGAGUGUCUCCGCUUACCGGGACUCCGCGCGCGGUGAUUUCACUUACCGAGGGUUCCACGCACGGUGAUUCCACUUACCGAGGGUUCCACGCACGGUGAUUCCACGCACUGAGGGUUCCACGCACGGUGAUUCCACGCACUUAAACUGCACACACGGCGACUCUAGAUAUGGCAUCAUGUAUCGACGACUGGGACGGUCCUUUGGCUCUCUCUGAUGUAGAUGUGAAACCAACCUAUCCGCUGAAACUGUGCUACGGAAAGACAUGUUUGGAUAAACUGGGACAAGUACUGACUCCCAGUGAGGUUCAGCAAUGCCCAUCUAUUCAAUGGGAAGGCAUGGACCCUAAAAAGCUCUAUACCAUAGCGUUAACGGAUCCUGACGUUCCCUGCAGAAAUGAUCGCCAUCAAGGGGAAUGGCAUCACUACCUGGCUGUUAAUGUAAAAGGAAAUGACCUCAGUACUGGCUGCACUCUCACUGCAUAUGUCGGCUCAGCACCUGGUGAUGGAACAGGUCUUCACAGAUACACGUGGCUUGUGUAUGAGCAGUCUUGUCCAAUAAAAUGUGAUGAGCGAAUCUUGGGAACAACCUCUGCUGAACAUCGUGGGCAGUUUAAAAUUGCUGCUUUCCGCAAGAAAUACAAACUUGGGGAUCCUGUUGCUGGUAUCUGCUAUCAGGCUGAGUGGGAUCACACUGUGCCAAAACUCUAUAAACAGUUAGGUGUGUGUUGAAUAUACAUGUAGAUAGGCUAUUUCCAGUUCCUUCCUUUUUGGCUCCUAUAGCACCAAAAAUAAAUCCAAAAAUCCUCUGCCAAAAAAAAAUAAUAAUUUAGCUUUAUUACUUAAUUUUUGUGCAAUGCUAGGAAAAGAUCCCCGAAAUAUAUAUACAAUGAGAUUUCUGUCAUUCUAGGUUUAUUCAUUGUUUCAACAUAUCAAACCAGGAAGGCUGCACCUACCUAAACGUGCAUACAUUAUAAAGGGCUGCUGGGGUCAAUUAAUACAACAUACAGGAUCUAUUAUAUAAUAGGAACUCUAUAGGGUCAGGAACAGAAACGUAUUCCUGACCCUAUAGUGUUAAAACCACCAUCUAGCCCCCCUGACCCUUCCUUGCCUCCCUAAACAUAGUAAAAUCUUACUGGUAUUCAAGUCUGAAGCUGCUGGCUCUGCCCCUGUCUGCCUGUGAACUGCUUCUGUCUGCUGACAUCAUCAGAAGUGGUGGUCUGAGCAAAUCACAAUGCUUCCCCAUAGGAUUGGCUGAGACUGUCAAGGAGGCAGAUCAGUGGCGGAUCCAGAGCCUGAUCUCUUGUAGAUAAUUUAAAGAAAUAAUACAUGCACAAUAACCACUACAGCUCGAUGUAGUGGUCUUGGUGCCAGGGCCCCCUCCCAGAGUAAGUAGUCAAACCGUUUCAGAACAGUUUGACAACUUACCUGGGGUCUGCUGGGAUAUGGGGCUGUAGUAGGGCAUAGGAGCAGUGUGUGUGUGAGGGGUGCAGUGUGUGUGAAAGGUUCAGUGUGUGUGUGGGGAGUGUAGUGUGUGAAUGUGUAGGGUGUGUGGGGCAAUGUGUGUUUGGGGGGCUGUGUAUGUGUGUAGGGCAAUGUGUGAAUGGGGGUCUGUGUGUGUGGGGGGCAGUGUGUGUAUGGGUGGGCAUUGUGUGUGUGUAUGGGGGGCUGUGUGUGUGUGGGGCAAUGUGUGUA